AUUUGCAAGAGGGUUUUGAUGAAGACGCGGGACCUUUUCUCUUCCAGUUGAAAAACAGGGUGAGUGGAACACGCUAAGAACAAAAUCAUGCACAGUAUGAAGAAAUGUUUUGGACCUUAGAGAUAUAGGGGAAGAAAGAAAAUGAUAGGGUUUUGGUCUAAAACUGCUAAAAGAUUUGCUUUUGAUAUUCAAAAUCUGCAUAUCAUAUACUUACAACAACAACUAACCACUAGUGUAGCCCCCCCAAUCUCAGCUUUAAAUGAGGUCGAGGCCCCAUUUGGCAACAACAGUGCAAGUCAGUGGCUGCCUGGCCGCUACUGUUGCUGGAACUGAGAGAGGCGCCGUUUCCCUUUUCUUACACUCUUCUUAUCUCUAUCCCACCACCACUACAAGGCACCCAACCCUUUUCCUAUUUUUAGCUCUCUCUUUCAAUGACAUUUCAUUGACGACUCUUGACUUUUUAACCCCUUAUUCUUUAUAAACUCCUGACAUCCUCAACUGCUUCUUCAACAAACAGCAAAAUCGAACAUGGUUGGUGCGAGAUCAAUUCCUAAUUGGCUUGGAAUUCUUCUUGAAGAAAAAUUCUUUGAUCCUUGUAUGGUUCAUGAGUCUGCAAAGAAAAAUGAGAAGAACAUUUUCUGCUUGAAUUGUUGCAUUUCUAUCUGCCCUCACUGCCUACCUGUUCACCGCCCUCAUCGUCGCUUACAGAUAAGAAGAUAUGUUUAUCAAGAUGUUAUACGGUUGAGUGAUGCUCAAAAACUGAUCAAUUGUUCCCUCGUUCAACCCUACACAACAAACAGUGCCAAAGUAGUGUUUUUGAAUGAAAGGCCAAUGUCACGCCCCUUUAGGGGCUAUGGCAAAUUCUGCAUCAAAUGCGAUCGCAGCCUUCAAGACCCAUUUCUCUUCUGCUCUCUCUCUUGCAAGGUUAAUCACUCAGAGACUGCCAAACGUGGAGGAAAAAAACUUGACCCAACCUCUGAAACUCUUCCAUUGUUCUGCAAAACGAAAACUGAUGUCAGCCUCAUAGAGCUUGAAGAGGAUCAUCAAAUGACUCCUGAUUCUGUCCUGGACUCCCUUGUUUCUCCUAGAACCUGGUCAGGAGGAUCAACAAACACAACUGCCACUAGCAAUGGUGACAGUGCAAUAAACUGCAAGCCAUUAUCACUUGUUUCAACUGUCACAACUGAGUUCGCGAAGAAGAACAAGACGAAGAAACGCAGCUGCAUUUUAACGCCCCAAGCUUCGUGCAGGAGCAGAUGCUCACAGGCUGCUGCGGCUGAGAGCAUUAGCCGCCGGAAAGGUGUGCCUCAUAGAUCACCUUUGAAUUGAAUGUGAAAAAAAAAAAAAAAAAACCCAAUAAUGCCUUUAGAAGUUCAAUGUGUUGUGUUUUUCGGAGGGUAAUGAUUUGUGGGGAAGUUUUG